AUGAAUACUGUAGAAAUACAAUUUCAACUUGGACGUGAAUGUCGUUCAGCAAUAUUAGAUUCGGAAGAUUAUUUAACUUUUGAUUCAGUUAUUCGUUUAAUUCAACAUACAUUUCCAACAUGUAAACAUCCGUUUACAUCAUUUAUUUAUGUAGAUGAUGAUGGUGAUCGUGUAACUGUAUCAAGUGAACUUGAAAUGGAUCCAUUACGAAAUUUUUAUUAUCGUAUAUGUCAAGAACAAUUAUCAUCGAAACCAAUUCUUAAACUUCUACCAAUUGUUAAUCGUAAUCAUGCUAAUUUAACAAUUAAUACAAUUUCAUCACCGUCCAAUGAACAUCAUCGUCAAAAUAAAAAUUACGCUUCUCUUGAAGCAAAUGCUGAAAAUAUCCUAUCAUCAGGCAAUAUGUUAUCGCUUGAUAUGCUUGAAAUAAUUGGUACAGGUAAUAGCGGUGUUGUACGACGAUGUCGUAAUCGUCAAACACAACAAAUUCUUGCUGUUAAAAUGAUUUCACUUGAUUUUCAAAAAGAAGAAAAAAAACAUGAAAUUGUUACUGAACUUAAUGCAUUAAAUACUUUACAUUCCGAUUAUAUUGUUCAAUUACAUGGAGCUUAUUUAUAUGAAAACUCUGUACAUAUUUGUACUGAAUUUAUGGAUCGAGGUUCACUUGAACAAUAUAUUGGUAUACUUGUACCAGAAAAUGUUCUUAUUCAUAUCACAUUAUCUAUGAUUCAGGGUCUUAUAUAUAUGUGGAGUCGAAAAAUUAUGCAUCGAGAUAUAAAACCAUCAAAUGUUCUAGUUAAUAGUUUAGGUUCAAUAAAAUUAUGUGAUUUUGGUGUUAGUCGAGUUUUAGAAACGACUGGUCAAAAAGUUGCAACAUUUAUUGGUACACAUAAAUAUAUGGCACCAGAACGAGUGACUUCCGAUGAAUAUAGUAUGCCAUCUGAAAUCUGGAGUGUUGGUAUGACAAUACUUGAAAUGGGUCUUGGUAAAUAUCCAUUUCAAAGUGAAAAUCAAGAUCCACCAUUAGCUGUACGACCUAUUGAAUUAGUUCAUUAUAUUGUAUAUGAAACAACACCUUUAUUACCAAACAAUCGUGGUUAUUCACCAGAAUUUGCUGCAUUUAUACAACAAUGUCUUUCAAAAAAUCCGACUGAUCGACCUUUACCAAAGAAUUUUUUCGAACAUCCUCUCCUGAUGAAAUAUAAUAGUAAUGAUACAAAUCAAAAUCGAGCAAUCAUUGCUAGUUUUUUUAAUCGAACAGGUGUUGCGACUACAACAUCAUAG